AAUGUGAGUCAGGGCCUGGGCGAGCGGCCGGGAGCGCGCGUGUCGGGACUGCGGCGGGCGCCGCCCCCUCGGCCCCGCCCGGCCCGGCCCCGGCGCUCCGCGCUGGCCGCGCUCCCCUCCAGCUCCCCGCCACCUCCCCGCGCUGCCCGCGCUCCCAGCGCUCCGCCGUCUCGCGCUCCGGGUCGCUCCGGCUCCUCCCGGCCGCCCGGAGCAGCCGCGGCCACGCGAGGUUGUAAAAAUCCAUGUGGGACCGCGCCGGGGCGAGCAUCGCUAAGAUCCCUGAGUGGAGUCAUUUCCUGGUACAGACUAUAUAUACAAAGAAUGUGGUGAAAAUUCUGGCCAGUGGAGGAAACAUUGGCUUCAACCCAAAGGUUGCCUAGCAUUUCUUCUCUUCAGUAGCACCACAGCACAGAAGAAAAAUGUACGGGAGUGCAAGAACAAUCACUAAUCUGGAAGGUAGCCCUUCCAGAUCACCGCGUUUGCCAAGGUCUCCUCGUUUGGGCCACCGAAGAACAAGUAGUGGGGGCGGGGGAGGGACAGGCAAGACUCUGUCCAUGGAGAAUAUUCAAUCCCUUAAUGCAGCCUAUGCCACAUCUGGACCCAUGUAUUUGAGUGACCAUGAAGGGGUGGCAUCAACAACUUACCCAAAGGGUACUAUGACUCUGGGCAGGGCCACAAAUCGAGCUGUGUACGGAGGCCGGGUCACAGCCAUGGGGAGUAGUCCCAAUAUUGCUUCCGCUGGACUUUCCCACACUGAUGUUCUCUCCUACACGGAUCAACAUGGUGGACUGAGCAGCUCAUCCCAUCACCACCACCACCAGGUGCCCUCCAUGUUGAGGCAGGUAAGAGACAGCACAAUGUUGGAUCUUCAAGCCCAGCUCAAAGAACUGCAGAGAGAGAAUGACCUCCUAAGGAAGGAGCUUGACAUUAAGGACAGUAAACUGGGAUCAUCCAUGAAUAGCAUCAAGACUUUCUGGAGUCCCGAGCUCAAGAAGGAGAGAGUCUUGAGGAAAGAGGAGGCAGCUCGGAUGUCUGUCCUCAAGGAGCAGAUGAGGGUUUCUCAUGAAGAAAACCAGUUACUGGAUGCCAGAAGAACCAAGCACCUGCAGCUGACCAUCCAGGCUCUUCAGGAUGAGCUGCGGACCCAGAGAGACCUCAACCACCUCCUGCAGCAAGAGAGUGGUAACCGAGGGGCCGAGCACUUCACCAUCGAGCUGACGGAGGAGAACUUCCGCAGGCUGCAAGCCGAGCACGACAGGCAGGCCAAGGAACUGUUCCUCCUGCGGAAGACGCUGGAAGAAAUGGAGCUGAGAAUCGAAACACAGAAACAGACUCUCAAUGCCCGAGAUGAAUCCAUUAAAAAGCUCCUGGAGAUGCUGCAGAGUAAAGGCUUGCCAUCCAAAAGCCUCGAGGAUGACAACGAACGCACGCGGCGGAUGGCAGAGGCCGAGUCUCAGGUCAGCCACUUGGAAGUGAUUUUAGACCAGAAGGAGAAGGAGAACAUACACCUCAGAGAGGAACUGCACCGAAGAAGCCAACUUCAGCCGGAGCCAGCCAAGACGAAGGCUCUCCAGACUGUCAUCGAAAUGAAGGACACAAAAAUUGCUUCAUUGGAGCGAAACAUCCGGGACCUGGAGGAUGAGAUCCAGAUGUUGAAAGCCAAUGGCGUGCUCAACACAGAGGACCGUGAGGAGGAGAUCAAACAAAUUGAGGUGUACAAAAGCCACUCCAAGUUUAUGAAGACCAAGAUUGACCAGCUGAAGCAGGAACUUUCUAAGAAGGAGUCAGAACUUCUUGCCUUACAAACAAAGCUUGAAACCCUUAGCAAUCAAAAUUCAGAUUGCAAGCAACACAUUGAAGUGCUUAAAGAGUCGCUUACUGCCAAAGAACAGAGAGCUGCCAUCCUUCAGACAGAGGUCGAUGCUCUGAGAUUACGGCUGGAAGAGAAAGAAUCUUUUCUCAAUAAGAAGACAAAACAGCUGCAAGACCUCACAGAAGAGAAAGGGACCCUAGCGGGAGAGAUCCGUGACAUGAAAGAUAUGUUAGAAGUAAAGGAAAGGAAAAUCAAUGUUCUGCAGAAAAAAAUUGAAAACUUGCAAGAACAACUUAGGGAUAAGGACAAACAACUGACCAACCUGAAAGACAGAGUCAAAUCUUUGCAGACAGAUUCCAGCAACACGGACACUGCUCUGGCCACCCUGGAGGAGGCCUUGUCGGAAAAGGAGAGAAUAAUAGAGCGCUUGAAAGAGCAAAGGGAGAGAGAUGACCGGGAAAGACUAGAAGAGAUAGAAUCGUUUCGAAAGGAGAACAAAGACCUCAAAGAAAAGGUCAAUGCUUUACAGGCUGAACUCACAGAGAAAGAGUCGAGUUUAAUCGACCUCAAGGAACAUGCGUCUUCAUUAGCUUCUGCAGGACUGAAGAGGGACUCCAAAUUAAAAUCUCUAGAAAUAGCCAUCGAGCAAAAGAAGGAGGAGUGUAGCAAACUGGAAGCACAGUUAAAAAAGCAAGCUGAGCAGUUGUUCAAUCAGAUGUACAACCCAGCACAUAAUAUUGAAGAUGACUCCAGGAUGCACCCUGAGUUUGCAGACCGACUGAAACAGCUUGACAAGGAAGCAUCGUACUACCGUGAUGAGUGUGGCAAGGCGCAGGCAGAAGUGGACAGGUUGCUGGAUAUCCUCAAGGAGGUGGAGAAUGAGAAGAAUGACAAAGACAAGAAGAUUGCAGAACUUGAGAGCUUGGCUCUCAGGCAUAUGAAAGAUCAGAAUAAGAAGGUGGCUAACCUCAAACACAACCAGCAGCUGGAAAAGAAGAAGAAUGCCCAGUUAUUAGAAGAAGUCCGCCGGCGAGAAGACAGCAUGGCCGACAACUCACAGCAUUUACAGAUAGAGGAGCUGAUGAAUGCCCUGGAGAAGACCAGACAGGAGCUGGAUGCCACCAAAGCCCGCCUCGCCUCGACCCAGCAAUCUCUGGCUGAAAAAGAAGCACACCUGGCCAAUCUCCGGCUAGAGAGAAGGAAACAGCUAGAGGAGAUCUUGGAGAUGAAACAGGAAGCACUACUUGCAGCCAUCAGUGAAAAAGAUGCAAACAUUGCCUUGCUGGAAUUGUCUGCCUCCAAAAAGAAAAAGACCCAGGAAGAAGUCAUGGCUCUGAAGCGGGAGAAAGACCGGCUGGUGCAUCAGUUAAAGCAGCAGACCCAGAACAGGAUGAAGCUGAUGGCAGACAACUAUGACGAGGACCAUCACCAUUACCACCACCACCACCAUCACCACCACCACCGAUCUCCUGGGAGGUCACAGCAUUCCAACCACAGGCCCUCUCCAGACCAGCUGUCGGAAGGGUUGGCUAAAGGGGGAGCUCGGCACUGCAGCCAUAGCCUGGUAAUCCACUGCAGCGUGGCUCUCUUCAUUGUCCACCACCAGCCUCCGCAGCAGGUCCAACCGGAAAGGGAAUUCUCACUUUUGCUUUCCUGUGUGAUUCUGGUCACCUCAUUCCUCCUGCAUUUGUGUGUAUGGGAAAGAGAGAGUACAAAGGAGGAGAAAGAUGACAGCUCUUUCAUUUUCCAUCAGGAUUUGGGCCUUUUCAAAGAGACCAUCCCUGCUGAAAGCCACAUGAUGAGCAUUUUAGUUCUGUUGUUUUGCCUUGUGGAUAGAUCGGCACUGCACGGGAUGCAGACUGUGGAUUCAGCUUCUGUUGGACUGCUCGCUCCAUCUCCCAUUAUCCUGCCGGUCAGUCAGAGUGGUCCUAACACAUUAGAUUAUCAGACAAUCUAAACUUGCUAUGAACAAGUGCUGCUGCUGGUGUUUGUAUUCCACGGUGCAUGGAGUGUUGAACAAAGAAACAGGAAGACCACAAGUUGAGAGCCUUUACCCUCCUCUAGUUCUUUAAUCUGUUGGUCAAGGAACGACGUUUUGAUGGUGUUAUCAGUUGUUACCUCUGGGCCAGGUUGGAAAUGAAAUCAAUUUUUUAAACCACUAAUAACUUGCCAAGAAAUCGCCUUAUGAGAACAUGGUGUGUGUCUCUGACAGUGCAUGGCACAUCUAAAUUGGUCAUUUGUAGUUUUAUUGUUCUGCUCAUGUACGAGAGAGUGACAAAAGCCUGAGGCACCUGCGUAUUCACUCUCAUGCUCCUUGAACCCCACGGCUGGGACAUGACCGGGCCUCAGGCUCUUCUCUUUCGCACACAUGCAGGUCUCCAUGAAGAAGCUGAAAUUCAUUCAUGUUUCAAGAUCCAAAUGCUGUGCAAGUAGUGUGAGCUUGGGUCUUAUGUAAAUGAAGGGUCAUUUCUCAUUGUUAUUAUUUUUUUUUCCUUGAGAAAAUGUCUCUAACAUGGAUUCCAAAGCAUUUUCAGCACCAAACAUGAAAGCAUUGAUGAAUGAAGUUGUAUGUCUGUAAAUAGCAUUAUACAACCUGUCUGUGGAUACAGAGUCCUUCUCUAAAGCACAUGCCAGGGAAAGAGACCACAUUCCAAGGUCUUUUACAUACAGUGACAAGGUACUAAGGAGAAUUCAACUCCUGCUGCUUCCUCUGAAGAUUCAAAAUUGUCAGUCAUUACAACUUCUUAAAAACAAAAAGCUCAGCCUGGCAAAUGUGCAGCUCUUAUAUUGACCCAUUUUCUUGUCAAUGGGAGGAGCCCUCCCACCUGCAUUCCUAAAGGACAAACAGUGAAUUUAAGCAUGAGUGGCCUUAAUAAAUACAGUUGUCUUUCUUUGCUGCUGUGGAAAGGGUUCUAAGCAGAAGUUGCUGAAAUCUUGCAUUGAAUCAAAUCAUUAUUACUUUCCAAAAUGUUGGUGCAAUUCACUCUGGACCUUUCUCAUGAGCCAUAGAGAUAUUUCAAAGGCAAACCCCUUGUUUUCUAGGGAAAGGAAACUGUCCCUGAACUGCACCCUUACUCCUGGUGCAUCAGGAGUAAUUAAUAUAUUCAAGCAGGUUUCUUGCUUUGGGCUUUGUUCUUGUCAGUAAAUAGCGAACUGUGCAAAGCUUAUGUGUUAACAUAAAUGAUCCAGAUGCAUUCAUGUUUGAAAAGUUUGUCCUUUAACUAUCCAAAGGAUCUAGGUUGAUAUUAGAGAAGGGAGCAGAGUUCUUUGCAAGUUUAUUUAAUACAUUUUGGUGGAGUGUUGUAAUGAAAACCCAAGCCACAGACCAGUCCCCAGGGACAAUUUGGGUGUCCUCAGAGAACUCCUCACAGCCUACCACCAGGGCCUGACCUGAACUCUGCAACUAAAUACUUGAAAUAGGAAGGGGGAGAGCCAGGAUAGUGAAUGGGGUCCUUGAAGUAGCAAACAAAAUGAUCAACCAUGUGUAAUUAGCUAUUUCUACAUAUGUGCCAAUUUUGUCACAGCUAUUGUUUGGGGAACCAUUUUUUUCUGCCCCACUUUGGUUGGCUGGAAGUACUAUUGAUCUUACUUUCAUGCAGGCAUAUCAUUCGGUCCCUGAAAAAUUGAAUUCUGUCUCUCACAGUAUCUUUUCCCAUUUUGUGUAAUAUUCUCUGAUGUUUGGGGGUUACAAAAAAAUCCCUUUUUGCACAUUGAAAAUAGUGUCUGGGUUUACAACACACACUGUGAUAUUCAGAAGGUGUUUCCUUUGUACAACCUUUAGCAGGUUUCCUUCCAAUCAUAGUAUAGUUGAUACUAAACAAACAAACAAAGUUCGGGCUAACAUUUAGGAGAAGUUGGUCUAAGUCUUACUUUGUGCAAGAGCAGGCUUGUAUUUAUAACCCCAUUUUGAUUUCUAUAUACAGUCUCAAUUUUGUAUUUAAUGAUUUUGUGUAUUCAGUAUGCACCUUAACAGCGUGUCAACUUUCAUUUGAAAGUGGGUUUUACUUUUUAAACAGUGUUUAUGAUGAGACCUCAAAUGUGUCGACAUAUGCUCUAUUUGCAGUGUUUUUGUGUAGAGUACAUUUGACUGCUGCCGGGGGUCUGUGUAUCUAAUUCCCUGAGACCCUUGUUUGACAGUGCUUCUUGUAAUAAUUCUUCAAGUGAGUGGCAUGUGGGUUGUGAUAUUGACCAUGUGAUCAUGGACCUUGCUAUGAAAAAUAAAUAAAUAAAUAAAUAAAAUUAAGGAACCCUCAAAACUACCAAUGGGCAUGUAUCAGCCAGUCAUUGUAACCUCGUGUCUAGUAGAAAUACUGUGUGCAAGGUAUGUACAGCUCAUAACUUUGUUAUCAUGUGUAUGAGGAGUACUUUGUGCUGAUUGUCUUAUUUAUAUUCAUUAAAUAAACCUUGUUUCUUUCCGAAGUGACUUCA